CGCAGGUUUGGACUGCUGUGAAUGCUACUGAUGUUGAGCUCCUGUGGUGACCCAGCACCCCAUAGGAGGAGCAAGUGAGCUGAGACGUCAACGCAAAAAAUUAUAGCCAUGCAAGCUACCCCUGCGCUCAGCUGCUGGGAGAGUGCAUACAUGGCUUGUGUGACAGCACUAGCACGCAGAAGCGGCAAUGAAAUGCAGUCAGCAAUACAGCUGGGAGACAGGCAGCGAGGCAGGCACUGUUCCAGUGACUAAAAUGAUCGCACCGUGAGCCAGCCUGCAGUGCCUCCAAAAGUGGCUGAUUACUACUACAGGAGCUCGGCUUUCUUUGCAGUUACUCCAGUUCCCCCCGGGUGACUGCAGUGUGUGCUCUGUUUUGGUUUUGUUUGCCUUUCUUUUUUAUACCCGCACAUCCCACCACCACCCGUCUCCCUCUCUCUCCUCCCGUGUCCUUCUCUCCAGGAUGGCGGAAGCAGAGUUGCACAAGGAAAGGCUCCAAGCCAUAGCAGAGAAAAGGAAAAGACAGACAGAAAUAGAAGGCAAGAGACAACAGCUUGAGGACCAGAUACUUCAGCUGCAGCAUUUCAAGUCAAAAGCUCUUCGGGAAAAAUGGCUGCUACAGGGAGUUCCUGCUGGCUCUGCAGAAGAGGAAGAAGCCAGAAGGAGGCAGUCAGAAGAGGAUGAGCUGAAGGUGAAAAAGCUGGAAGAAAACAUAUACAGGCUGGAACAAGAAAUACAGAAAUUAGAAAGUGAGGAAUCCCAAAUAUCUGCCAAAGAACAAAUCAUUUUGGAGAAACUAAAGGAGACUGAGAAAUCCUUUGACAACUUGCAAAAGAAUUUCUCACACCAGGAUGGUGAUGCAGUAAAUUACAUUUACUCCCAGAUCCCUGAACUCCCAACCCUCUAUUCACGAACAGCAGAGCCAGUUCCUGGGUGGGACGCAGCAAGCAGAGUAGCUGCUUUGUGCACCAUGGAAAUUAAUGUGGAGAAAGACAAACAGACAGGAGAGACCAAGAUUGUCUCUGCUUCACCUAUUGGCCCAGAUGAGGCCCAUCAAAGAGGAUUCAAAGUCUAUGAUGAUGGUACCAAGGUAGUCUAUGAGGUUCACUCUGGUGGCACAGUGGUAGAAAAUGGAGUACAUAAAUUAAGCUCAAAGGACGUAGAUGAACUUAUGCAAAAAGCUGGACAAUCAAGUGUAAAAGGAGGGUAUGAAACAAUGACCGUGUCAGACAGAAAUGAGGUAGCCGAUGGAAACCUUAGCCAUAUGAAGGAGCAAAUGCUCUUCAAGGAGGCAAAGCUGGAAAUGAUACACAAACCCAGCAAAGGGCAUGCUGUGAACCCUCAGACCCAAGACAAACCCUGUGGUGGUGAAGCCCCAGAGGCCAGCACAGACCAGCCAGUGACAAUGAUAUUUAUGGGCUACCAGAACAUUGAUGAUGAAGAGGAGACAAAGAAAGUGUUGGGCUAUGAUGAGACCAUCAAGGCAGAGCUAGUCCUGAUUGAUGAAGAUGACGAGAAGUCAUUGCGAGAGAAGACAGUGACAGACAUCUCCACCAUGGAUGGGAACGCUGCUGAGCUGGUCUCUGGCAGGCCCCUGUCGGACACGACAGAGCCCUCCUCUCCCGAGGGUAAGGAAGAGAGCCUGCCUUUGGAAGCUGCCCCAGGCGCAGAAGGAUCAGAUAUGCUGCCAAGGGACCCGCCGGGAUCCUGCUCCUGUGAAAGUCCCGAAGCCGAGGAGGGUGCAGGGAAAUCUUCCAGAAUCCCUGAGGAUGACAUCAGGUUGAGAAAAGAUAGAGACCAAAACUGUGCCAAUUUCUUGGAGCCAGCUACUGUGCUUGCUACAAAAGAAGAGAAAAUGGAAAUUGAAGUUCCAGUUUCUGAACAUAAAAACAUCACCACAGUGGCUUCACCACAUCCCAUGGACAAUCCAACACAUUUCUUUUCCUCUGCUACCAGCCACAAUGGUCUUAAGGAAAGGCACGAAUCUCUGGACAGUGAAGUUGCUAAGGAGAUCAGAUACCUAGAUGAAGUGUUGGAGGCAAAUUGCUGCGAUUCUAGUGCAGAUAAUCCCUUUAAUGGGACAUCCUCCCCUGAACCAAGUGCAGUCUCCAUUAUGGAUGGCUCAGGAGCAUCUGUUAAUGUCAAUAAUAGUUCCACUCCCAGUGAAAGGGAAGAAAAUGUAGCUGUCAAGCAGACACCUUUGGUAGUUGAACCAAGUGAAGCUAGCAUAGCACAUGAGAACCUGAAAUCUAAUGGCCAUUCCUUCAGUGAACUAAAAGAUGACACUAGGGAGAGUCUGAAGGUGCCAGGAAGUCCUGCUUCUUCAAACAGCUCUAGAAGAUCCUCUAAGGAUGGAGAAACAACUCUUACAACCCUUAAGAAAGAGGCAAAGUUUGAACUACGAGCCUUCCAUGAAGACAAAAAGCCCUCAAAGCUCUUUGAAGAUGAGGAAGAGAAGGAAAAAUACAGGGUUCGCAAAGUGAGAUCGUCAGAGGAAAUGAUGGAACUUGAAAAGGAAAGAAGGGAACUUAUUAAAAGCCAGGCUGUCAAGAAAAACCCCAACAUUGCUGCCAAAUGGUGGAACCCUCCCCAAGAGAAGACCCUGGAGGAUCAACUGGAUGAAGAGCAUCUGGAGUCCCACAAGAAGUACAAGGAGCGCAAGGAGAGACAGCAGCAGCAAGGUGCAACAUCCUUUGUACCACCAGAGCCAGUCACUAUCAAGAAAGAGGAUAUUGUCACAGAGCAGAUUGACUUCUCAGCUGCCAGGAAGCAGUUCCAGCAGAUGGAGCAUUCAGGGCUGUCUCAGGGCCAGGCCCCACUGAGGCGGUCAGGAACACCCAAAAUGUUCUCCAUCAAACCCUUCUGCAAAAGCCUCAAUUCUUCUCAUAUUGAUAGGCCACUGUCCUCAGUGACAAGACCCAUUUCAGUGUGUGGGCCAGCAGGACAGCUGGAGGGGAACAGUGCCACUGUUGUCAAAGCACAGAAGGUCUCCUGUACCUUAGAAGAUGAUACAAGUACUCAGACUACAACUGCUGACCCAGUAAGAGAGUUACCAUGCACUGAUAGCUCCAGAGCUGGACAGGCCUCGAAGCUGUGGGCAGAAGAUGGAGAAUUCAUGAGUGCAAGAGCAGUCUUCACAGUGGUGAAGGAUGAUGGACAGGGCAUGCUAGACCAGUUCCCAAAGUCAGGCAGUGCCUCUUCUCCUCCAGAGGAGCUUGACUCCGGCUUGGAUGACUUGUCUGUCAGGUCUCAGGAUACCACCGUCUUGGAGACCCUUUCCAACGACUUCAGCAUGGAUAACAUCAGUGACAGUGGUGCUUCCAACGAGACCAUGAGUGCUCUGCAGGAAAGCUCGCUGGCUGAUUUCUCCCUGCCGCAGACCCCGCAGGCUGACACUCCAGCAGAGUGUAGGGGUGAAGGCAUCUCUAAGUCAUUCAGCGACCCAGGCUGUGACUCAGCCUCCUCUGCCUUGGCAGACUCCAUGCUGAUUGAUGACCAGCUGGAGUACCAUGCUGACCUGCUGGUUCAAAACGCCAUCCAACAAGCCAUAGCCGAGCAGGCGGAUAAAGCAAGCUGCAGGAAAGAAGAAACCCCAGUGGAGAAAGAGGUCUCGGUCGAAGAGCAGCCAGCCACCCCUGGGCCAGCUCCAGCCUCCAGGGGGCAGCAGAACCCAAUGUUUGAGCCACCCCAGGUGUCCUCACCUGUCCAGGAAAAAAGGGAUACCAUACCAAAGAUUUCAAAAGAGGAAGACUCAGGACUCAGGGAAGGGAAGAGUUUGCAGCAGUCGCCUGUGUACUCCGCCAGCCAGCCGUUCCUUGUGGAGGAGAACAGGCAUGAAGUCAGCUAUUUCAGCAAGUAUUCAGAGGCAGCUGAGCUGAGGAGCACAGCUUCCAUCCUGGCCACGCAGGAAUCUGAAGUGACCGUGGGCCCUUUCAAGUUACGGUCAAGGAAGCAGCGGACUUUAUCGAUGAUAGAAGAAGAGAUCAGAGCUGCCCAGCAACGAGAAGAGGAGCUGAAGAGGCAGCGGCAAGGUCUGCAGAUGGCACCAAGCCCUGUUACAAAGAGCGCACCACCCAUGCCCACCACCAAAACUGUGUCUUACAAAACUGCACCAGGAAAGAUAGGGAAGAUCAAGCCUCCUCCAUCACCCACCACAGAAGGCCCUGUCUCACAGUCUGACCCACCAGCCGAGGAGCCUGCAGGAGCCCAACGACCCAAGAACUUAAUGCAGACCCUCAUGGAGGAUUACGAAACACAUAAAACCAAGAGACGGGAAAGGAUGGAUGACAGCAGUUACGCCUGUAAAUUACUGUCUAGCAAGGUUACUUCUGAGGUCCUUGAGGCGACCAGGGUGAACCGCAGAAAGAGCGCUCUGGCACUGCGUUGGGAAGCCGGCAUUUAUGCCAACCGGGAGGAAGAUGAAUAACCACACUGCAGUGUGAAGACAGUGACCAGGCACACCGAAACCAAAAAAAAAAAAAAAAAAGAGAAAGGAAGGAAAAAAAAACACAAUCCAAACAUAAAAAACACCAUGAAAGCAGCAGCAUUUUUAUCCAAUAUUUAUUAAUUAAAUACACAAAAAACUCGAUGCACAUAGACACAGAAAUGAUCCGACUCCUGGCAAUUGUCUAACAACAGGAAAAAACCCACCUAGAAAAUAACGCCCUCUUCCUUCCCUCCAUCCCUCCUCUGAAGUAAUGCAAUGGGGAGAGUGCACGGGGUGGGAAUGCAUGGCUGGAGGUCGGUGUGGAGGAGCCUGUGGCCAGGGUUCAUGCCCUCCUUCCCGCUGGCCCAGUUGGCAGCCCUGCCUUGUCCCUGGCAUCACCAUCCCCAGAGCAACUGGUCAGACACGUCUGCAGUUCCUUCACCAUCCACAGCGCGGCACCCAGACUGUUGGUGUUACUUCGGCGUACUCUUAUCCAGCCACAAAACAUAACAAUAUUGCCCUGUGUUGCUAUUCCUUUGAGAAGACGGAAGGGUUGGGUUUGGGAUUGGGGUGGUUUUGGAGGUGGGUGGGUUCUGCUCCCCCUUCUAGUAAUUAAUCUGUUUGAAAGGAAAAACCAACAGGGAGGUAGUUAUUGCAAAUGUACAAUCCAGUAGACACAGUAAAACAGUCCUCGUGUUGCAAACACAAGCCAUCACAAUUUAGGAGUGGAAUAGAUGGGGAUGAGAGCUAAGCCAAAUGGAUUAACUUAGCUUUAGGAUCCUAUAUGCUUGCAAUAUCACCUGAGCUACAGGUUCUCAGAGCAUAUUUACGCAGCAAAGUUUCUAAUAGAAAAUCUGUAUUUAGUGGAUAACAACUAUUUUUUGAUGGUGGGGAGGGAAAAGUGGCAUAUGUGUAAAAUCUAUGAAGAUGGGUAAUUUGAAGUAGAAAGGUAGUGGGAAAGGGAUACAGAUAAAGGACAUUUAAUUUUUAAAUGAGGCAAUAAUUGAAGUAAGCCAGUCUCUGGCCUAGAGAGAGGUAUGAAAUAAGAAAAAUAGUUAGAUCUUCAACUAUAUUUAUACAACAUAAGAAGCCUUUGAAGUACAAUGAUUUGUGGAAGUCUUCACGUUUCCAGGCAACAAAAAAAAAGCUAAAGGGCAUAAUGGGUUGGAAGGAGUGUGCAAGGAAGAGCAGGCAUGGGAAGAAAACAUUAGUUUUGCCGUUCAGCCAGUGUUUUCAGUGCUACAGACAAACCAUAGAGCCUUUAGUUAUUGCUUAGACUUGGGAUCAUCAGUGAAGGAUUAGUGUGGAUCUUUGUGUGCGUGCAGGCAUGUGUGUGUGUGUGCAUGUGUGUGUGCAGGUGCGUGCAUGAGGUUGGCAUACCAGGAACCGUAUGGUAGUGCGUGUACUCAUUAUUUUCUCCAAAGCUGUUUACCAGCUGUAGGUGUGAGUGCUAAUUUCUUUCUUCUUUUUUUUUUUUUUUUUUUUUCCUGAACGGGGAUAUAAAAACAAGGCACUGAGUUAAUGCAGUAUUUGUGAUAUUAAAAUUUGACCCAACAUCAUAUUUGCAUGAGUCACGAUUGCAAAGUAUUGACCAGUUUUGUAAGCUGACAAUUAGGAAAAGAAAUGUGGUAUUUAUUCUUGUGCUUUGUAUUUGUAUGUAGUGUAGAGCGGACUUACUUUUUCUUUUCACCAAGUAAUAUUAUAGGCAUAUUUUACAACUAGGAACCAUAAUUUCUGGACUAGAAAACAACAAGUUUUGGAGGUGACAGAAAAAAGGCACUGAGUGUUUUUUCGAUAUUCAGUCUUUUUUAUAAACGAUUAUUAUUUUGACAUGUUUUUAAGAAACCAUUAGCCAGGUCCUCCCUUAAGCCUUUCCUUGUUUUCAUGACCUGCUGUGCUGUUUUAUCCUGAAACACUGAGCUCAUUUAAAAUAAGUACUGAUACUGUGAACAUACUUCUGGUGCUUUUCUUAAACAAACACAGAGCUUGCAACCAAAUUAUUCCCCACACCACCACCUCCCCACUUCAGUUCCUCCAGCAUGUGAUUUCUGUCCAUGGACACUUAACAUUUUGAGGCUCGUUUUCAGGGAAUUGUAGCAAAUACAAUUACAUAUACCUGUUGACUCAGUUCUGCCAAUUGUCUCCCUAAGUGCUAUUGAAUAGAAAACAGAAGAGCAUUCACUGUGAUAAGGGCAGUGAGCUUAUCUCAAGGAUGCUCUCUAAACCCAGGUGCAUGGCAAAGCACUCUAUGAAGGAAUUAUAUUCCCAAUGAAGUGUACGCAUUGUUCAACCAACAGCUGUGAUUCAUGCCUGACUAUAGGAAAAGCACCACCACCAGUGCAGCACUGUAGUGAGACCGUACAUCAUGGAGCCUCCGUGAGCUCUCUGCAUCUGUACCAAGAGGAGUCCUGACCCCCUCCACCCUUGGAGAGAGCUUAAGUGAGACUGGGGAAAAGGGUGUUUCCUGAGCAGAAGAGAUGGCCCCUGCACUUGCAGUGAGGUGGUCUUGCACCAAAAUCAUGGUGUUCAGAGUUCCCCCAAUAUUGCCCUGAAAGCAGGGCAGCCCUGCGCUGCCUUCCCAAGAACCUGCAUCUUUGUUUAACCUGGAGGCCUGUUUCCCCUCCUGCUCUCUCCCUGGAAGCCAGUGGCAUUGAUCACCCAUCACAAGACAUCUCUUCAGGCUUUGCCACAUCCUUCCCUCCCACCACAAUCAGCCGUGAGUGUUUGAAGUGAAAAUAAAAUGGUUCCCCUAGAAAGGGGAUGUGGUGAUGGGGAGAGGACAGGCAGGAGUCCUCUGCACCAGAAACAUCUGCUUUUGGCCCCUGUGACAAAAGUAUUUGCAUGUAUCGGUCCAGGAAAGCCAAACUUUCACCCAGCAGACUUCUGUUCUCUUCCAGAAAUUAUGGACAUGCAUAGUCAGCAGCACACAUUCAGCGCUGUGGUAACAGGAGUGCGAUGCAGUUUACUUGCCUCUGUUAUUUCAUUUGCAUGCUACCAAGCUUAGGUGUUUAUAAGUAUAUGCCAGUAAUACAUAUCUAUGUAACUAUCAAAUGCAACAAGAGCACUAUUACAGAGUUAACUUUGUCUCCACAAAAGCGCUCAGAUCCUUUCCCGUGGCAAAGACUGGUUUUAAUGAAACUGUGUAUUGAGAAAUAGUUAAGCAUUAGCAUUUGUGAUUAUAAUCAGUUUGGAGUUACAGUGCAGGUUUUCUGAACAAUUUUUUUAAAAAGCUGCCAGUUUGAGCUUCAUCUUGCUCUGUACUGACAUUAUCUGAAGGAAAAUAGAGUAGCAUUGACAUGUUUGGCAACCAGAAGGCAGCUUCCUUGUCAUGACUUAUCAACCAGUUUCAACAGUACCUGGCUUUCUGUAUGUUAACCACUUAAAUGUUAUCCUGCUUCUGUUUUAUAGUGACUGUGAGGCCUACAAUGCAAGUAUAUAAUUAUUUUCUCAUUAAAACAGAAACCUGUGUUGUGUUUCUAUAAA